CUCCCUGAAAGGGGAAGAAGGCUUUCCAGGUUACUAAUUCAGCUGGCCAAAAAGGUUGGCAGAUCCUAGCAUGCCUCGGGACGGCUCCCUAGGGAGCUGGACCUCUUAAAUACCUACCUGCCCACUGCCCCAUCCAUAGCUCAGCCAUAUCUCCUCUGUGGUCCAACUGAAACGAGUUUUCUGCUUCUUGACACCAAAAUUUGCUACGAGGCUCUUGCCCAGUUCCUGCACGUCAUUCCUCUGUGAUACCCCAAGAUACCUAACCAAACACCAACACAAUGGCUUCUGAGCGUCCCGCCCCGUAUGUGCUCUCCGGUGAACGCCUCCGCCUGGGCUCCAUUGCCCCCAACUUCCAGGCCGACACCACCAAGGGCCCCAUCGACUUCCAUGAGUUCAUCGGCGACAACUGGGUUAUCCUGUUCUCCCACCCGGAGGACUACACCCCCGUCUGCACCACUGAGCUCGGCGAGAUGGCUCGUCUCGAGCCCGAGUUUGCCAAGCGGGGUGUCAAGCUCAUUGGCCUUUCGGCCAACACCUUGGGCAGCCACGAGGGUUGGAUUAAGGAUAUCAACGAGGUGACUGGCUCCCUCGUCAACUUCCCCAUCAUUGCCGACAAGGAGCGCAAGGUCGCCUACCUCUACGACAUGAUCGACUACCAGGACACUACCAACGUGGAUGAGAAGGGCAUUGCCUUCACCAUCCGAUCCGUCUUCUUCAUCGACCCCAAGAAGACCAUCCGCACCAUCCUGUCCUACCCGGCCUCGACCGGCCGCAACAGCUCGGAAAUCCUCCGCGUCAUCGACUCGCUCCAAACCGGCGACAAGCACAAGGUCACCACCCCCAUUAACUGGGUGCCCGGUGACGACGUCAUCGUCCACCCCAGCAUCAAGGGCGAGGAGGCCACCAAGCUGUUCCCCAACUUGCGGGCCGUCAAGCCGUACCUUCGCUUCACCCCGCUGCCUAAAGAGGCCUAAAUAGGUAGCGUGAGCGAGAAGCGAAGGAAGGACCGGAGUCUCAGCUGAGCGCUUGGGAUCGACAGCUAGAGUAAGCUGCAUCACGGUCCCAGCGUCCUCUCGUGGAUGCUGGUACCCUAAACUGCUUUGUGACAAGGGACACAGUAACUACUUGAGGUGCUUGGGAGGCUUUGG